AUGACCGGCCACGGAAGGGGACGAGGCCGAUCUUACGAGGGCCGCGGUGGUCGCACUGGCGGACGAGACGGCCACAAGCACGAGCAUGCGGAAGCAAACAAGGAAAGAAACAUCAUUGGUUUCUUGAGCAAACCCUUGUCAGAGCGAUUUGCAGCAUUGCAUGCGUCUGCGCUUCCUGUGAAGAAGAACGUCACACAGCAAAGUGCAACACGCGUUCAAGCUGUUCAAAAGGCGAAGCGUCAAACGAACGUGAAUACACGCCGAGGUCUUUCCGCUCCUCCUCCUCCCGUUGCCCACAAACCCGCCACUGCAAAACAUGAAACAAAAAAGCUGGCUCGGACACCCCAGAAUAUUCGAGGGAUCAGCAGUAACAGGGGUCGAGGUGGCCGGGGACGUGGCGGUCGUGGAGGCUACGGAGGACGCGGGAACCACGGCAUUCGUGGUAACGAUCAAAAUGCACCCUCCACUAAACCUGAAGACUUGGACUUUGACAUGGAUACGUACUGGCACCAAGGAGGCAAAGGGCCGGACCCGAAGCAGGCGGAAUUGGAUCGUCAGAUGGAAGCGUACUGGGCGGCAAAACCUGAGAGGGAGAUUCCAGACUGGUCCUCCUAAUCUAAUGUACCAGUGCAACACCGCGA